GAGAGAUUUCGUAAGCAGAUCCUCCUUCUUCUGCAUUUCUCUGAAAGCCAGCUAGCUCGCAUUACUGAGAUCCUUGAGCUUCGAUUAGAGAACUCAGCAUACAGAAGCCUUCGAAAUAUCUUUCUUUAUAAUAAGCUAAUUUGUUUUGUUAUUUUUUAUUAUAAGAACUAUUAA